UGAAAUAACAUACAGUUCUGUAGUUAUUAUUAUCUAUAUAUUAGAAACAAGAAUGGUAACCAAGUACUCGAAACUUGCAAGUAAUGUAGAGUUUUGUACUAAAAUUAUUUUCUCUUAUACUUCAAAUCAAACGAGCCCCGGGAACAAUGUUCUUAGCAGUAAUAUGAGAACCAUUCAUGUGUCAUUGAGUACUUGAAGAUCUGCAGCUCAGCUUAUGCUAUCUCAGACAAAAACUAAUUGAAAUCGAUAUUGAAGGGAGAAUGUUACGGUGGAGGUGCCACAAAGGAAAUCUCCUGCAGCACCAAAGACAGCUCGAAAGCUCAAAACUCCAGGAUCAGAUGCUGCUACCAGGACCCCUAAAGAGAGGAGUCCUAAAGUUGUUGUUCGUCGUUCUCCACGUAGUCCAGCUUUAGAGAAGAAGCUUUCAACCAGAGAUUCUGACUUGGAAACUCAGCUUGCUCAACUUCAAGAGGAGCUAAAGAAGGUAAAGGAUCAGCUCAAUUCAUCUGAAUCAUUAAAAAGACGGGCUCAACUAGAGGCGGAGGAAGCGAAGAAGCAGCUCACAGCUAUGUCAGAGCAGCUUGAGGAAUCUGAGAAACAGCUAGUUGAACUCUCGGAUUCUGAGGAAGCUCGAAUCCUGGAGCUACGCAAGCUCUCACAAGAUCGAGAUCGAGCAUGGGAAUCUGAACUUGAGGCUGUCCAGAAGCAGCAUGAAUUCGACUCUGCUGCUCUAGGUUCUGCUAUGAAUGAAAUCCAGAAGCUUAAAAUUCAGCUGGAUCGUGUCGCUGAUUCUGAAGCCAAUCAAGCUCGACAUGCUGAAUCAGCUUAUGCUGAGAUUCAAAGCUUAAGGGUAGAACUUAUGGAAACACUUACAUUGGUCGAAAAAUUGAGAAAUCAGCUAAAUGAUAGCAAGGAAUCUGAGUCUUGUGCGCUUGAAGAAGUGAGUAAAGCGCGGAUGCAGCUGGAAGUGGCAAAGAUGACCGAGGAUUCUCUACAUUCUGAAGGUCUGAAAGCAAUGGAGGCUUACAAGUCCUUGUCGUUGGAGUUAAAACAAUCAAACGAUCGAGUAGCUACAUUGGAGGAACUUGUCAGUGAACUUCAAAGUGCUCAAGGUAUCGAAAACAUGAACUCUGCACAUGAAAAUGGAGUUAAUGUGGAAGCCGAGGAACUCAAAACCGAGCUGAGUAAUCUACAAGUUGAAAUAAGUCAACUAAGAGCUGCAUUAGAGGUUUCAGAGACAAGAUAUCAGGAAGAAUAUAUCCAGAGAACUUUGCAGAUUAGAAGUGCUUAUGAGCUAGUGGAACAAACGAAAUCUGAAUCAAUACAGAGAGAGGCUGAAUGGGAGGCAAAGUUAGAGGCUACAAAAGCUGACUUGGAAGAGUUAAAGGAGAAAUUAAUGAGCAAAGAAGCUACGUUACGAAGCAUUUCAGACGAAAAUAAGAAUUUCAGUACAUUAGAUGUUGUACUGAAGGAAUCAGAGUCAACUCUAGGAGUAUUGAGGGCAAGUUUGCUCAACAGAGAAAUGGAGUUGCAAAGUAUGAAGGAGGAAAAUGAGAUACUGAAGUCCGAAAUGAAGAAGAGGGAAACUGAGGGUAGCAAAGCGAAUGAUUCAGCUCUUGCCUUGGCAGAAGCCGCAAGAUGUGCAGAAAAAGAGGCCCUGAUAAAGUUAGGACACUUGACUGAGGAAGCGGAUAAUAGUAUUAGAAAGGCAGCACGUGUGACCGAGCAGUUGGAUGCAGCACAGAAUGCCAACUCUGAGAUGGAAGCUGAGUUGAGGAGGUUAAAAGUGCAAUCUGAUCAGUGGAGGAAGGCUGCUGAGGCAGCUGCAGCUAUGCUUUCAACUGGAAAUAACGGGAAAUACGCAGAGAGAACAGGUUCUUUAGAUUACCACACUAAGCUGGAUUCGCCAUUAUCUGAAGAUACGGAUGAUGACUCGCCCAAGAAGAAGAAUGGAAACAUGUUGAAAAAGAUUGGUGUUUUAUUGAAAAAAAGCCAGAAGUAGAAGCAUAUCUUUGCAGGUUGCUUUUGAAUAAUCACUGUUUGAUUUGUAUGAUAAUAAUAGUCUAGUUUAUAUUUCCAGUUUUUUUUGUUAAUAAAUCUACUAUACACCUUAUGAAUCUCAUAGAAGAUUUUUGUAUAGCUAUUUGAAAUUAAGAACACUGUAUGAUCUCCGUUGCCAAAUAUUUGGUAGGCUCUCUAAGGAGAUAUUAAGUGUUGUAAUUUCUUUUGGUUAUAAUCUUCAGUUUAUAUGGUAGUUGGUCUACUCUGAUAUUUUGAACAAAUUCUGCAGAUGUAAUGAAGCAAAGAAACAUGAUUGAGUGUAUA